AUGGCAGAGAAUGGCUUCACAUAUAAUUGUGUUGGGACUGUUUUGGCCAAGAGGGGAUGUUGGUCUUUUCUCAAGGGUGGAUUCACUCUUGAUGCGCCUUCAAGUUUAUCGAUGUUGUAUUUUCAGGGCACUUCUGACAAAGCUAUUGAUAUUGCAAUUGCAAGUGCUUCAUUGCAACCAUUUACUGAGCAGCAAUGGAGAACAAAUCAGCAGUAUACAAUUAAAACUGAAAGGAAGCGUGCUGUGACAUUACAUGUGUCAGACAGUCGUGGACAUAGGUUGCAAGGAGCAGACAUUACAAUAGAACAAAUCUCAAAAGAUUUCCCAAUUGGAUCAGCAAUAGCAAGUACUAUUCUUGGAAAUUUACCCUAUCAGAAUUGGUUUGUUGAGCGAUUCAAUGCAGCGGUCUUUGAAAAUGAACUCAAGUGGUAUGCUACUGAACCUAAUCAGCAAGGGAAGGUAAAUUACACUAUACCAGACCAAAUGUUACAAUUUCUUCGAGCCAACCAAAUAAUUGCUAGAGGCCACAAUAUUUUCUGGGAAAACCCCAAGUACAAUCCUGCAUGGGUUCGUAAGCUUACAAGUGCAGCAUUAAAAUCAGCAGUCAACUCACGAAUUCAAAGCCUAACGAGCAGAUACAGAGAAGAGUUUAUACAUUGGGAUAUUAGCAACGAAAUGUUACAUUUUGAUUUCUAUGAGAAAAGGCUUGGUUCUGAUGCCACCUUACAUUUCUAUCGGACAGCACACGAAUCAGACCCAUUAGCAACCUUGUUCCUGAAUGAAUAUAAUGUGCUGGAAACUUGUACUGAUGCGAAUGCAACUGUAGAUACCUACAUUGCUAAGAUAAGAGAACUUGAACGCGGAGGAGCAUCAAUGAAUGGAAUUGGCCUAGAGAGUCACUUUUCUAAGCCAAAUCUUCCUCUAAUGAGAGCUAUUCUAGACAAGUUGGCUACACUCAAGCUUCCCAUCUGGCUUACAGAAGUUGAUAUCAGCAAGAAAUUUGAUAAAGAAACUCAGGCUAUUUAUCUAGAACAAGUGUUAAGGGAAGGCUUCUCCCAUCCUGCUGUGGAUGGGAUCAUGCUUUGGACUGCACUCCAUCCUAAUGGAUGCUACCAAAUGUGCCUUACAGAUUAUAAUCUUCAAAACCUACCGGCCGGUGAUGUGGUUGACAAGCUGCUAAAAGAAUGGAAUAGUGGGAAGAUAAAUGGUCACACAGAUGAUCAUGGAUCGUACAGCUUCUUUGGCUUCUUAGGGCAGUACAGAAUAAGUGUGCGGCGUGCAAGUUCUAGCCUUGAAAAGUUCUCCCACUUAUUAGACUGCAAGACAUACAAGGAAUGGAAGACUAGACUUGAAGCCAAAGCAAGUCGCUGUGCCCAAAUUCCCAUCACGGCAAAGCAGUUCAUGGCUUUUCUAAGUAAGAAGAUCAUACAAAAUGUUCCUAUUUUGGGCUUCUCAGUUUUCUUGAUUCUAAUGUGCCCUUUCUUUGCUGUUCCUCAUGAUGGACCUCUGUAUGACUUCACUGCCUACACUGAGUGUAAAGCACUACCAGAGAAGCCGCUAUAUAAUGGGGGGAUUUUCAAAGAUCAAGCACCACUCACCCAGCACAGAAUUAGUGAUUCUUCAGAUGGUUUCUAUACACCAGCUUUGAUAUUGCACAAUCUCACUCAAGGCACCAAUUAUUGUUUUUCCAUUUGGGUCAAGAUACAGGGUGCAGAUUCAACUCUAGUAACUGCAAGCCUAAUGGCAGAUAAUAAUUCCACGUAUGGUUGUGUGGGGGCUGUUUUGGCCAAGAGUGGAUGCUGGUCAUUUCUGAAGGGUGGAUUUGUUCUUGAUGCACCUUCAAGUUUAUCAAUACUAUAUUUUCAGGGCACAGCUGAUGUAAGUAUCUAUAUUGAAAUUGCAAGUGGUUCGUUACAACCAUUUACUGAGCAGCAAUGGAGAACAAAUCAGCAGUCCAUAAUUAACACUGAAAGAAAGCGUGCCGUGACAAUACAUGUGUCAGAUAGUCAUGGAGAUAGGUUGCAAGGAGCUGCCAUUACAAUAGAACAAAUCUCAAAAGAUUUCCCAUUUGGAUCAUCAAUAGCAAGUACAAUUCUUGGAAAUUUACCCUAUCAGAAUUGGUUUGUUGAGAGAUUCAAUGCAGCAGUCUUUGAAAACGAGCUCAAAUGGUAUGCCACAGAACGCGAACAAGGGAAGGUCAAUUAUACCAUAGCAGACCAAAUGUUGGAAUUCAUUCGAGCCAACCAAAUAAUUGCUAGAGGUCACAAUAUUUUCUGGGAAGACCCCAAGUACAAUCCAGCAUGGGUUCGUAAUCUUACUGGUCCUGCACUAAAAUCAGCAGUCAACUCACGGAUCCAAAGCCUAAUGAGCAAAUACAAAGAAGAGUUUAUACAUUGGGACGUUAGCAACGAAAUGUUACACUUCGAUUUUUAUGAACAGAGGCUUGGUCCUGAUGCCACCUUACAUUUCUAUCAGACAGCACACGAAUCAGACCCCUUAGCAACAUUGUUUUUGAAUGAAUUUAAUGUAGUGGAGACUUGCACUGAUGUGAAUACAACUGUAGAUACCUACAUUGCUAAGAUAAGAGAACUUGAACGCGGAGGAGCAUCAAUGAAUGGGAUUGGCCUAGAGAGUCACUUUUCUAAGCCAAAUCUUCCUCUAAUGAGAGCUAUUCUGGACAAGUUGGCUACACUCAAGCUUCCCAUUUGGCUUACAGAAGUUGAUAUCAGCAAUAAAUUUGAUAAAGAAACUCAGGCUAUUCAUCUAGAGCAAGUGUUAAGAGAAGGCUUCUCGCAUCCUGCUGUGGAUGGGAUCAUGCUUUGGACUGCACUCCGUCCUAAUGGAUGCUACCAAAUGUGCCUUACGGAUUAUAAUCUUCGAAACCUACCGGCCGGUGAUGUGGUGGACAAGCUGCUAAAUGAAUGGAAUAGCGGGGAGAUAAAUGGUCACACAGAUGAUCAUGGUUCCUAUAGCUUCUUUGGCUUCUUAGGUGAAUACAAAGUAAGUGUGCAAUAUGGCAAUAGAACUGCAAAUUCAACAUUGUCACUCUGUCCAAGUGACGAAACGAAACAUUUUAACAUUCAGUUGUGA